AGCCUCGUUUUUCCUACCCGUUUUGGAACAAAUCCCACCUCCUGUGCUACGAUUGGUUACUAUCUUAUAAUUCACAUCACCGAUUGGAUGAUUGUACUAUCCAAGCUGUAAACCUGUCGCAAAUAUUAAUAACUAGCCAAUCACAGGGAGGGGGUGGGACUUGUGUACUACGGGUAGGAAAAACAUCCAAGAUGUCCGCCUCGUAGAAAACGUGUGCUGUGUUACAGUCAUGCCUGUGAACGAAUGAUAAUAAUAGAAAGUCUAAAGUUUGUAUUUAGAAAGUCUUUGCAGCAAAGCGAGGCAGUUUAGACAGCUGUCUGCUUGGCCAGGUGAUCAUUUCCACUCUGCCUGUCUUUCUCAGGGUAACUGGUUGAGGUUUGUAAGCCAGGGAUCAGGUGUAAUACACACAGCAGCAGCGCACACAGGCAGGAUGGCAGCACUGACUUUAUUCGUGCGGAAUUUACCCGCAUCAGCGUCCAGUCAGCACCUGGAGGAGAUCUUCUCUGAAGUAGGACCUGUCAAGCGCUGCUUUGUGGUCAGAGAGAAAGGCUCAGAGAAAUGCCGUGGGAUAGGCUACGUCACUUACUCCAUGGCAGAAGAUGCUCAGCGAGCUCUCAGAGAAAUAAAGGACUACGACGGGCAAAAAAUAUCAGUGGUCCAGGCAAAGAAAAAACCUAAUGAAAAGAAGCAGGGAAAGAACAAAAAAGCUGAGCAAGAAACAGAGAGUCCCGGAGAACCCUCAGAGGUGAAAAGCCAGCAGAAGUCACAAGGUCUGAGGAAGAACAAGAUGAAGGCCAGGCUUAUUAUCCGAAAUCUCAGUUUCAAAUGCUCUGAGGCUGAUCUUAAGGAAGUCUUUUCAAAGUAUGGGACAGUGCUGGAAGUUAAGAUCCCUCUAAAACCAGAUGGAAAGAAACGAGGAUUUGCCUUCGUCCAGUUUAAAAACAUGCUGGAAGCAGGAAAAGCCCUCGCAGGAACUAACCUGAAAGAAAUUAAAGACAGAAAGGUUGCUGUAGACUGGGCCGUGUCUAAAGACAAGUUCAUGGCUAAUCAGGCCGGCUCGGCCUCGGGAGGUAAACAAGAGGCUGGAAAAAAAGUGACAGAGGCUGAUGAAGAGGAAGAGGAAGAUGAGCCUGCAGAGAAACAGUCUAAAGCACAGCCAGAGGAGAACUCUCACAGCGAGUCUGAGGCAGGAUCACCAUCUGAUGAUGAUGAUGAUGGUGAUGAUGACGACGACGACGAUGAUGAUGAUGAUCACAGCAAAGACAGUGAGGAUGAAGAGGAUGAAGAGCAUAGUGACUCUGAGUCUCUGGAAGCAGACAGUAAUGCAUCAGAUGACGAGGAUACGGAUGAGGAUGAUGAAGAUGAUGACGAUGAUGAUGAGGAGGAAAAUGCCAAGAAGAAGAAACAGAAGAAUCCUCUCCCUUCAGAUGUGAAUGAGGGAAAAACAGUAUUUAUCAGAAACCUGUCCUUUGACUCAGAAGAGGAGGGCAUUGAGGAGGUUCUCCUGCAGUUUGGUGAACUCAGAUAUGUGCGGGUUGUGGUGCAUCCUGAAACGGGACACUCGAAAGGCUGUGCUUUCGCUCAGUUCAAAACAAACGAGGCAGCAGAGAAGUGUCUAGCAGCAGCACAGUCGGAAUCUGAGGCUGGCGGUGUGAAGGUGGAUGGCAGGAAGCUGAACAUCGUGCUGGCAGUGAGCAGAGAAGAUGCUUCCAAACUGAAGAGCAAGAAAGUGAAAACUCACAAAGGCUCCAGGAACCUCUACCUCGCCAGAGAGGGCUUGAUCCGUGCUGGAACCAAAGCAGCAGAAGGAGUUUCUGAAUCUGAUAUGGCCAAGAGGGCGAGGUUUGCAGAGCUGAAGAAGGCAAAGCUGAAGGACGUGAAUGUGUUUGUGUCUCAAACUCGGCUGUGUGUUCACAACCUUCCCAAAAGUGUAGACCGCAAGCGUCUCUUCAAACUCUGCCUGUCCGCCGCAGGGGGAGGAAAGGGUGUCCGUAUCAAGGAGUGCCAUGUGAUGUAUGACAGGAAGCCGGUGCGUGGCGAGCCGAUGGGUCACUCACUGGGUUACGGCUUUGUGGAGUUUCAGGAACAUGAACACGCCCUCCAAGCCCUGCGUCACCUUAACAACAACCCCAACAUCUUCACGGCCAACAAGAGGCCCAUUGUGGAGUUUUCGCUGGAGGAUGGGAGGAAGUUAAAAUUGAAGGCUAUGAGGGAGCAGAAGAGCAAAAUGACAUCUGCCUCUGACUCUGGGGCCAAAAAGAAAAAAGUGAACAAAGUUGGAUUUCAGGAAGAUGGAAAUAAGCAGCCUCAGGAGAAAUCUCCUAAAAAGGCCUCUGCUGCAGUUCAGCAGUCAGCAGGAGCUCAGAAAGGCAGCGAGAAGAAACAGGGAGCUCUGAGCAGCCAUUACUCGGGCUUCAGAACCACACCAGAAGUGGAGCAUGUCGAGCUGGGAGAUGGCAAAAAACGCCAGAAGAUUCUUCCCAUGCCUUCACACAUCGGUCCAAAGAUCAGGAAACGGGAUAAAGGUAAACAGACUGUCCAAGUUAGAAAAGUGAAGACGGUCCCUAGCAGGAAGGAGAGAAAGGGACUCCCCUCGAUGGAGAAACCCAAUCAAAAUAAGAAACAGAAUGCUAAACCAGUGAAGAGGAAGUUCCAGAACAGAGAGGACGAUCACUUUGACCGUCUGGUCGAACAGUACAAGAAGAAACUCACAGGCACGUCGAACUCUAAGGACUCACUCGUCAAGAAGAGCAAAUGGUUCAGUUGAGAGUGGAUGUAAAUAGUGCUGUGUGUAUGUGAGUGAGAACAUGCCAGAGAAAGACUGAAUUUUACUUGGUGUUUCUGGUGUGAUGCAUUUUAUAUUAAAGAUUUUUUAAAAAGUUGUACUAAUAAUGUAAUGGUUCAUGUUCCAACAUUUUCCAUUUAUGUUGUUUCCAUUUAUGUUGUGGGAACUGCUCUACUUUUAGGUGUAGCAGAAUACACCAGCCAAUGGAAAAUAAAAAUUUGAGUAAA